AUGAGCCAGGGAGUUCCAAUUAACCGGCGCACAAAGCAAGCGCGCCUACUGGGCAACAGCGACAACAACCAGCACGCAGGAUCGUAUCCGCCGCGGAUGCGUCGCGAGAUCGUAGUGCCACCGUCGGGCAUGCACCGCACAGCCGAGCAGCUCUCGCGGCAGCGGCCAGCGUUCCGCACGACCAAGACAAUGCAGAAGCUGAAGCUUCUGCCUGAGGACGACAACGAAGGUACGGAUGCCGACGAGUACGUGGGCUUGCCAGGCGUAUACGACCAGGUGGCGCAUAUGCGCGGGGCACAGGAGCUACGGGGAGAAAUCAAUAGGCUGAAGGCGCUGCCGCCGGGGACAUUGCCUAGGGUGACGGCGUAUGCGACAGCAUCGUCGUAUACGAUGACCCAGCUGUUCAAGUGGAUUGAGGGGCGACGGGUGCAGAACGAAGCGGCGCCAAAGCUGCUUGACGAGUGUAUUUACUCGCCGUUUGUGUAUGCACCGGCCGAGGCCAUCACGAUUGACGUGGAGCCGUCGCUGCUGGAGCCCGACUCCCAUGCAGUGAGCUUCCGCGAGACGCACAUUCCGAUCAAGAGCGAGGUGUUUAUAUUUGACUAUGGAGUGGUGGUGCUGUGGGGCAUGGAGGAGCGGCAUGAGCGCGAGUUUCUGCGCGAGCUGGAGCCGUUUGAGCUGGAGAAGGUGGACGAGGACGACAUUGAGACCGAGGAGCUCGAGUUUUACUUCAAUACACACUCGCAGUCGCGUGUGUACAAUGACGUGAUCUCGCUGCGGAUGACCAAGGGCCAUAUGGCGAAGCUGGCAAUCUCUCAUGCGAUUGCACAGGCCACGAAGCUGUCGCUGUACGAGGGGCUGGUGGACGAGACGAUCGAGGCGACGCGGCACAUCCCGCAGCGCAUGGCCGAGUCGGGCACGAAGAUCGGGCAGCUGUUUAUUAUGCGGGUGAACGUCAACCUUGUGAGCAACAUCCUGGACACGCCCGAGAUCUUCUGGUCAGAGCCCACAUUGCAGCCGCUGUAUGUGGCGAUUCGUGAGUACCUGGAGAUCCCGCAGCGCGUGGAGAUCAUGAACCACCGCGUCAGCGUCAUUAGCGAGAUGCUGGACAUGCUCAAUGGCCAUCUGAACGGCAUGCACGGCGAGUUCCUGGAGUGGAUCGUGAUUAUUCUGAUUGUUGUCGACAUCUUUGUCAUGGCCCUCGAGUGCCUGGUGUUUGCCAUCGCAGACUAG